CAGGUCGAGAAGCGUUGGAAGGCAUGGCAAGAGCGUCGCCCUGCACAAUCGCAGUAUGUCCCCCAGCUUGAAUGGGCCGUCCACGUCGUCGAGUACGUUGUUUGGGUAUACAACAUGACAAAGUCGAACACUGGGCUGGGGCCCCUGAGAGCCGAGGUGCCACUCCUAGGCCCUCGCUUUCUGCCUCCCGGAUACCUGCAUGCCCAACGUCGUCAUUCGAUGCCCGACAUCAACCCAGAAACAUCGUACCUUAAAGCACUUACCAUCAUCCACCCUUUCUACUUCGACGACCUCGCGCGGUGUCCAUGGUGCGAUGCUACUGGAGAAGAUGUAUCGUGGGGAGGGUGGACGUCGACCGGGCAUUGCGAGGUGCAUGGCGUGGAUCGUGAGGAGACCGCAUUGGGGUAUCAGUUGCGCUGCUUGCGCUGUUCUGGGGCACCGUCAAAUCAGAAGAAACCAAGCAAGAAUGGCGAAGGCACUCACUGCUUCACAGCCACAAACCACACGUUCUGGGAACAUCGCGAACACUGGCAGAUCCCUGGUAAGUGUCUUUCCAUCCGCUGGGGUAAAGACCACGCAACCUAA